ACUUCUUCACAAGGAAAGAGCAACAAAGCAAGAACUGUCAUCGAUCGCCAUAACAGUGCCAGUUGUUAUUAUUGUUCUGGUGGUGCUCAGUUUUAUUUGCAUCUGUUCAAUACUCAGAAAGCGAAGAAUUAUGUUUCCAUUUAAAAACGGACAAGAUCAUGAUGAAGAUGAAAUCACUAUUGCUGAGUCAUUGAAAUUCAAUUUUGACACCAUACGAGUUGCUACUAAUGACUUCUCUGAUUCUAAUAAACUUGGAGAAGGCGGAUUUGGAGCUGUUUACUGGGGUGAGUUAUCGAAUGGGCAAGUUAUUGCUGUCAAAAGGUUAUCAUGGAAUUCUAACCAAGGAGAUACAGAAUUUAAAAAUGAAGUGCUUUUAGUGGCCAAACUUCAACACCGCAAUUUAGUUAGGCUACUUGGUUUCAGUAUGGAAGGGAGAGAAAGACUACUUGUCUAUGAAUUUGUUCCUAAUAAAAGCCUUGACUACUUCAUAUUUGAUCCUAUCAGGAAAGCGCAACUGGUUGGUGAAAUGCGCUAUAACAUCAUUAGGGGUAUUGCUCGAGGCCUUCUUUACCUGCAUGAAGAUUCUCGACUGCGCAUAAUUCACCGUGAUCUAAAAGCAAGCAAUAUUCUCUUGGAUGAAGAGAUGAAUCCUAAGAUAGCAGAUUUUGGCAUGGCAAGAUUGUUUGUUAUGGAUCAAACUCAAGAAAAUACAAGUAGAAUCGUCGGAACCUAUGGAUAUAUGGCGCCUGAGUAUGCAAUGCAUGGACAUUUUUCAAUGAAAUCUGAUGUCUUCAGUUUUGGAGUAAUAGUCCUUGAAAUUGUAAGUGGCCUGAAAAACAAUAAGGGCAUUAAUCAUGGUGAGGAUGUGGAAUAUCUACUGAGCUUUGCAUGGAGAAACUGGAGGGAGGGGACUGCUACAAAAGUUAUAGAUCCAUCAUUAAACAACAUUUCACCAAAUGAGAUGAUGAGAUGUAUCCACAUCGGUUUACUCUGUGUUCAAGAAAAUUCAGCUAAUAGACCAACCAUGUCUAACGUUGUACUGAUGCUUAAUAGUAAUUCUGUAACUCUCCCAGUACCUUCAAAACCUGCAUUUUUCAUGGACAAUUCAACUAGAAUCCUUACAGACAUGCAGUUGUUGGAAGAUAACUCACGGGCAACAAGAUCAAGUCAAUCCACGAGUAAAUCAGCUCAAGGAUCUGUAAAUGACGUUUCAAUUACUGAGUUAUCCGCUCGCUAGAUUCUAGUCAUAGGAGGGUGAUAUCAUAAUUUAUCAUCGAUGUUUUUAUCACUACUCCAUGCCUUACAACCUGUAAUUGUAAUUUGCAAGUACUCUAGUUUACAUAGGCCAUAAAUCGUAUUUGUAUACACCUGGAUAAAAUCUGUAAUAUAAAACUUUAUAGGUAUUGAAGUGUAUGGUUUGACUAUUAUUCUAUUAGUGCGACUUGGUAUUCUUUCCACACCAAUUAUAUCUCUAUUGGUGUUCAAAAUUUGGUUUCUAGCUUGUUGCAUUCAUGUCAUGGAACCAAUAACAUGUGGGAAUUGCUAAGUUGGGUUGGUACAUACUGAGAUAGGUUCCGGAUUACCUCUCAUCUUUUUAUAGGUUGAGGGUUUAAAUCCCUUUGCAUCAAUUAAAAUCUCAAUUGGUUGACAACCCUCAUUUGGGAGAUCCUCUAGCGCUCCUACCUAGGAGAAAAUCUCAGCUGGUGGGCAACCCUCCUUAGGGAGAUCCUCUAGCGCUCCUACAUGUCUGCUCAUCCAUCCAGCAUGCCAUUGGCGCAUUAUCCGGUAACCUACAUAAAGGUUAUUUUUUCUAGAGGAUUGAAAAUGGGUGUUGUUAGAGACAUUACUAAGCUUGACAUCGUCAAGCUUGAUACCGAAGUUGAGGCAUCGCCGAAGGACGACAAGAUGCCACCACCAAUUUGAUUUGUCAGAUAACUUUUCACGCCAGGAAAGCGACCCAUCAUCAACUACCCCCAACAAGCGGACCUUUUAAGCCGCGGUUGACCCGCGUCUCCCGCUGACCCUGCCAGACCUGCAACACCACCACCAGCCAUGGGAUCGUGAUCAACGACUAGAGAUCCAACGAUCCCCAACGCCUGAGGUAGUGUGAGCGAUAGUAACCACCUCUUGGAUGAUGCUGCCUGGAUGAGCUGCCGCUGGAUUCCUCCACCACAAGGGUCCGUCAAUCUCUGUGUAGAUGGAAGUUUUAGCCCGGCAGAGCUUUGUAUGGGGUAUGGUGGUGUUGUUCGAGAUGUUCAUGGCAGUGGGUUAUUGGCUUCUAUGCUUACCAGGAAGGAGGCAACGUGUUGUUGUCUGAAGCAUUGGUUUUGAAAACCGGCCUCGAGCUCGUGUGGGAUAGAGGCUACCAGAAUGUUGUUUGCAAUGUCGAUUGCCGUGAGUUGUUGGUUUCAUUGGAGGAUGAGGAGAGCCGUCGUUUCCCCGCAUUCUGGAUGAGAUCCGAGUUGUUCUUCAACGUCAAUGGAACGUGGUUCUUGUUG